UCAUAAAUAGUAUUGAUGAUUGUACGAUUAAUAUUUUUUUUCUAUUUUGGAACAGAAAAUUCAGCAAAAGCUAUUAAACAGAGGAAGCCUGGAAAGGCUCAGAAGAGAAAGAGACAUGAACUAAAUGAGAAUGAUCCUAAUGACAGGCGCAUUAUGAAGGAGAUGAAUUUCUCAACUUACUCACCAAAAGCGACUAAACUUCAACGCCUUAAUACUGUACAAGAGGAACAGGAAACAGUAAAGACUGUUGUGGUAGCAAAGAAGAAAAGGAAACAAGGACCUAAGUCUUCAUUUGACAAGGAACUGACCAGCACUGAUAGAAAAUCUGUUAAAAAAUUCCGAGCUGGACCAUCAUACCAGGAACGAAAGGAUGCAUUCCAUUCAAAAAAUCCCGGAAAGAAGUUCAAACCUAAACGAAAGUAAAAAUAGUUGAAAGCACACUGACAAGGUACAGUUGGCUUCACUCCCAUGUUACCAUUUUACGUUGCUAGUCCUCUCCCUGAAGUGUGAAUUCGAAGCAUUCACUAGUAAGCAGGAGGGAGAGGGAGGGUGUGUUUAGGUAGUUGUCUUUCUGUGGGUAUUGGGGGUGAGGAUGGAAAGUGUACAUCAGCUGGGAAAAAUAACUGUGGUUAAGUAAGGUGUUCCUUUGUAAAACAGGGCAUUUAUGUUCAAAUGGAUUAUGUUGAAUCUAUAUCUUGUAGAAGCAGUAAAGUUCUGUUUAACCCCAUCAAAACAAUCAGGAAGUGGGCACCACAUAUUUUAUUAUAAUACAAAUGAUGUGAACAAAAAGCAUUAUCUAUCUCAACUGAUAUACACUGGCCACUCUCACCCCUAGUAUCACCUCCCCCCCCCCACCAACAGAGCUACGAAUUCACAUUUCACACCUCAAGGAGAGAGAGGAUUGGCAACACUAAGUAGUAAAUGCUGGAAUGGAGCCAACUGUACUCUCUCAGGUCUGAGGGUUGGUGAUUAUGGUGCACCAGUCCAAUAUUUUGGGGGCAGUUUUUUCAUUUAUCUCCUCGGUCCUCUUUCCUUCCAUUGUACUCAUUUUUUUCAAUAUCACUUUUCCCUUAUCUCUAAGUACAUGGCCAUAAAAAUUUAAUUUUCCUUGUUGUCUAAAUUAUGAGAAUGUCUCUUGUUACUCUAGCCAGUCUUAGUACUUCUCCAUUUGCUGUUCCAUUGCUAUAGCAUAUGUUCAUUAUUUGUAACAAUUUGAGGGUCUCUGCCAUCUUGGUGUCUGAUGAAUGGGUUCAUUCUUUUGGCUCAGACAGUAGUACUGCCCAUACAUUGUAUUUCAGCAACCUUUUUCUGAAACUAAGUUACUGUCUUUUAAGUUAUAAGUCUCACUAAAUUCACUACAAUCUGCCCUUGGUAUGUCAUAGAUCUGGUUACCAGGUUCUUGAAUUAGAAUACAGUUAUUUAAUUCCUGACAGUGUUAUUAUUAUCCAGGGCCAAUUUUCAUGUAUAAAGAUGGAUUGAGUGACACUGAAGCCAUGAAUUUGAAAUAUUAAUAUUGUUUUCUUUGCUAAAGUCACUUAUCAUUUCUCAUCUUUCAUUACAAUUAUUCAGCCUAUGUGGUCUUACUUCUGGUCACCUUCCCCUUAUUGCAUUGGAAUUAAAAUCAAUUACAGUACUAUCAUUAACAUUCUUUGAAGUUUACUGCUUCUUUUGCUUUCUGUAAAUACACAUAGAACUUUUCUAAAACUUUACUUCUCACUCUUCACUAUUAUUACCAGAUCCAGAGUUUUAAUAUUUAAAUUACUGUAAUCAGCAUAACUCACUUUUAAAAGAACUUUCAUCUUUCUUAUGCUUAGCACUAACUAAAUAUUUGAAUUAAUAUUUUCCCCAUUGCAGUUUGAACCUACCUCUCUUACUUCACUUUUUCCUAAAGUAUCCUGCUGUAACUUUUCACCUCCAAAUUAAAUUUUGCAUGCUUCCCACUUUCAUUUAAUAUCCCCACAUUCCAAGGUCUUUUGUGAGUAUUUGACCAUUCUAUUAAGCUUUUUGAAUUAUUAUUCAAUACAGGACAUUAGAUAACUCAGUAGCAUGCUACCCACCAGCUUGGGAUACAACUGGCUCAACAAGAAUGCGCUCAAAUUAUCCUCAGUGGCUGUCCAUGGUUUUUCUAUGGUAAAGAACUGAAAAACACUCAUCCAGAAGCUCAAUGCCUUUCCUACCCAUGGGAGUAAGCUGCCAGAGCAAACAAGAAAGUUAGGAAUGCACUAUAGUGGAUAUGCUUAGCUUAACCUCGCUGAUAAAGGGCCAGCCAAUCACAUCUGAAGACAAUAAAAAAGGAGCAACAGUUAGCUUAUUGUUUUCUAAACACAUCAAGGUAAUCUUUACUAGUUAGUCUAACGCCUUGAGUGAAACUGCCUCUGUGUGAUGUAAAAAACACCAGCUCUGUCAUGUGCUACCAACAAUACAUUUACUCUAUAUUAUGUAACAAUUGCACUGAUGAUACAUUAAUGUUUUUAAUAUACAGGUAUUUUAAAA